AUGAUUGGUGAUAAUUGUUCCGUCAACCAGGCUGUUGGCCGAAAAGUUGGAGCUUUGCCUUUCAUUGGCUGUGCGAAUCACCGUUUUCAGCUGGCGGUGAACGCGUAUCUGGCUGAUCAUGAACCCAUGUUGGCCAAGAUACACGCGCUCAUGAAGCACCUGAGCACCAUCAAGUGUCGUGCUGCCCUUCGCAAGCGGUACGACAAGAUUUGUAGCGCUCUUCUCGUGUUGGACCAUGCUACGGUGGCUAAGCAUGACAUCGCGCACUUUCUACUGACGCCAGAGGAAACCGAAGCCGCUCGCUCAUUUCUCAAAUCGCUGCAUGAGCUGAAUGAGGUGAGUAAGGCGCUACAAGACUCGACUCUAACACUGGUGGGUGCACGACGUGCCUUUGAUGCAGUGUUGCGCAAGUACCCCAGCAUGAAGACCCGGCUGGCAAGUGACGCCUCCGUCGUCAACAAUCCCGCACUGGAGAGCGGCAUCGUGAAGAUCAUUGGUGGUGGUCGGCUGAAUGCACGCGAACAAGCGGCGUGUAUCAAUCUCAAGUGCAGCAGCGACGACACAGUGGUGAAUCUAGCAGUUUCCAAGUCAUUUCUCGCGUCGGCCUUCAAGAAGGCCCCUGUUACGCGCUCCCCACCGCAACACAUGUCUCUCGAGUGGGUUCCACCCACGUUGAACGAGUGCGAGCGUUUCUUCAGUCAAGCCAAGCUGGUCUGA